AUGAGAGGCAACGUGAAGACGAGGAAGAUGACGAAGAAGAUGAAGAAUAUGAUGCGCAGAGGUGAAGAAAUACAACACAACUUAUGGCAGAAGCAGUUAGCUGGUUGGCUACUAACCCAAUCCAUCAACAACCUCAAUGGGGAGGUUCUGUUCCAGGCCGCGCUACCCGCCACCGAUCAUGCAAGGCGCAUCAGACGUUCACCAUUAUUUGAUGCUGUAACAACAAGUGAGGCACCACAACUUAAUUACUAUGUCAACGAGACUCCUUACGAGUUUGAGUACUACCUUGCUGAUGGCAUCUACCCUAAGUGGAUGACACUUGUGCAAUCAAUCAAACAUCCUGAUAAUGAUGCAGAAGUGUAUUUUUCCACCAAGCAGGAGGUAUACUACAAGGAUGUGGAAAGAGCAUUUGGGAUUCUGCAAGCACGAUUUGGAAUUAUUAGGCAACCUGCAAGAGGUUGGGAGCGAGAAUCAUUAUCGACAAUCAUGUUGGCUUGCAUAAUACUUCAUAAUAUGAUUGUUAAGGAUGAACGAGAUGACUACUACAAUGGUGAGCCCGACGAUGAUGAUCCAAAUCCAAAUAGGUCAAGGAGAGCUCGGGCAAGAAUAUAUGAUGGCCCAAAUUUUCCGCGUAAUCCAAGAACCGGACAUAUCACAAUGACUGAAUACAUGUCUCGUUACUGA